AGCCGGAUAAAGAAUCAACCCAAUCAAUCAAUCACCGGCGGCUCUUCCCGAGGAGCUGGACGAUCCCCACCCGAAACUCAGGAACCUCGCGGCGGGGAACGGGAGGAAUCCGCAGCUCGCUUCAGAUCCAGCAGCAGCGGAGGAGAUCGAUGGGGUCGGGCGACAUGACGGCGACGGAGGUGGCGGCGCUGCUGGAUCUGAAGCCGCACCCGGAGGGCGGCUACUACGCUGAGACCUUCCGCGACUCCUCCGUCUCCCUCACCACCGCCCAGCUCCCGCCUCAGUACAAGGUGGGUCGUGCUGUGAGCACUGCUAUAUAUUUCUUGCUUCCCGCAGGGAAUGUUUCACGACUGCAUCGUAUACCUUGUGCUGAAACUUGGCAUUUCUACAAAGGAGAGCCUCUCACGGUCUUUGAGCUACACGAUGAUGGUCACAUUGACCUCACUGUUAUUGGUCCACACCUAGAUGCUGGCCAGCGCCCCCAGUACACCGUGCCACCAAAUGUGUGGUUUGGCUCUUUCCCAACAUUGGAUGUUGAGUCGUUUGCAUCUGAUGGAAGCCAUAUUGUCAAUUCUCGCAAGCGAGAUCCAGAGAAGCAUUACUCCCUUGUUGGCUGCACCUGUGCCCCUGGCUUUGAGUACGAGGAUUUUGAAAUGGCCACUUUUGAUGAUGUGAAAUCUAUUGCCCCGAAGGCAGAACCCUUCCUCAGUUACCUUAUUCCUUCCACCAAGUAAGUAUUAUUGAAGAUGUAUUGAACGCAAGUAGCCUAAUAUGGUAUUAUCUGGCCUGCCUGGAUUAUUUGGAUAUCAAUUUUUCAGAUAUUUCAAGGGGUUUGUUCUUUUGCUUGUGCUGGUUGUAACAUUUUCUGUACCAUGAUAGUGGAAUAAAGUUUGAGCUUAAUGGUGAA